AUGAAUACGUUGAUCAAAAAAUUCAAGCAAGAGCCGGACGAAUUUGAAAUUAUAUACAGAUAUCCAGAGAAAGAAAACAUAGAUGGACCCUUCGUCCAGUCCGUCAAUAUUGAUGACUACAUUCGAUCAAUUCGUGGCGAAGACUAUAUUGAACCGAAAAUUGAAUCUGAUGUCAAACCGAAACUAGAACCAGGUAUAAAUUUAAAUGAAGAAAGCAUCGAAUCGGUGCCAACAAAAUCAACACAGUCACCCAUUAAGGAGAAAGUUCACACUAGAUAUGAGUGCUACAAAUGUCAUUUGAGCGUAUCGAGUCUUGAAAAUCUGAAAAUACAUCGAUGCUUCAUUGAACUUCAGUGUGAUGUUUGUGCGAAGAAAUUUACCGAUAAACAAAAGUUAUACAGUCAUAAAAAAUGGCACACUCGCAGUGCAAUCAAACAACGUCACGAAUGUAAUUUAUGUAAAAAAACGUUUACAGCUAUAAGUAGUUUGAAUAGUCAUAUUGCUAAUGUUCAUGACGGACAGCGACCAUUUGAGUGUAAAAUAUGUAAAAAGAGAUGUGCCAAAAAGGUAGAUUUGAAAAAGCACGAAUUAUCGCACACUGGAGAAAAACCACAUCAGCAUCAGAAGACUCAUAGCUCUCAACGAUUAUACGAAUGUGCAGAAUGUGGACAGAAAUUUAAAACAUCAGGAGCAUUGAGACGUCAUGUAAAAUGCCACAGUGGAGAAAAAUUAUUCAAAUGUGAUUUAUGCUCUUCUAAAUUUUUAAGGAGCGAUAGUUUGAAAGAUCAUAGAAAACGCCAUACUGCUGAUCGACAAUUCGGAUGUGAUCUUUGCUCGAAGAGGUUUUUUGAUAACAAAGGCUUACAACGACAUAAGCUCAGUCACACAAAGGAAAAACCAUAUAAAUGUCAAUUUUGCAAGAAGAAAUUCUCCGCACAAUUUUGCUGCAUUCUUCAUACUCGCGGCAAGCAUUUCGAUUUACUUCGACAACAAGACAAAUUGAGUGGAACAUUGAAUGUGCUAUUUCAAGUUUUGGUGGAACGAAAAUCAGAUAUCAAUUCUCGUGGAAAAUAG